AAUACACUAAUGGUCGCGUUUCCUGUGGACCUCUAAGCUUCAAAAUACUGUGAUUGUAGCAUAGUUUUCAUUAAUGCGUGACUGUGCGGUGUUAUGUUUUGCAUGUUUUAAUGAGAAGCCCCACGAACUGGGGAAUUUAUUAUUUAUUGUCUUUAGCAUGUGUGCAAUUAAAAUCGGCUACGUUGCUAAUUUAGCUUCCAAAACGGAAUAAUGAGCUAAUGUUACUCUUCUAAUACAGCUGUUAUCGUGCAGUGCAAUAAGCUCUCUCGUUGGAUGACACUGCAAUUUCUUUAAUGUUGUAAUGCAUGUUAUUAGUAUUUAUAUUCAUUAUCUGGCUUGUACGUCAGGAAAUGUUUAGGUUGUCCUUUGUUUCCAAUCGCAACGCUAUAUUGAUCGGUUGGCUGUAAAAAGAAGGGGAAUCGGGAAAAAUGGAUGAAAAUGCCGAAAAUGUGGAAAACGACGACAUUGUCAUUAUUGUGGAGAACGAGGCGGAAAGUUUGCCAGCAGAGGAGGAGCGGCUGAAACAAGGCACUUUCGGGCUCAUGGACACAUGUCCCAUCUGCAAGUUGAGUUUCCACAACAGAGAGCCCAAACUCUUGCCUUGUCUCCACUCUCUCUGCAAGAGGUGUCUGCCUGCCCCGUACAGGAGUGCCGAGCCCAGGGGUGACCCGCAAAGUCGGGUGGACAACAGUAAACCAUUGGGUGCAAUUCGAUGUCCAGUAUGCAGACAGGAAUGCUGGGAGCUGGAUGUACUGGAUAACUUCUUUGUCAAGGAGUCUGCUGAGGUGCCAAGCAGCACUGUGGAAAAAACCAGCCAGGUGUGCAUGAGCUGUGAUGACAACACAGAAGCAACAGGUUACUGCGUAGAGUGUGUGGAGUUUCUGUGUGUGACGUGUAUUGAAGCGCACCAAAGGGUCAAGUUCACCAGGGAUCACACCAUACGCCAGAAGGAGGAGAUGUCUCCAGAAGCAGUAGUUAUUUCCACCCAGAGGCCUGUGUUUUGUAACAUCCAUAAACAGGAGCCACUGAAGCUGUUUUGUGAGACGUGUGAUCGACUCACCUGUCGAGACUGUCAGCUGCUUAAACACAAGGAUCACAACUACCAAUUUUUGGAGGAUGCGUACAGGAACCAUAGGCAGUAUCUGGAGAACAUGACGCAGCAGUUGCAAGAGAAAAGAAAGGCCAUCGAGGAGGUAUCCAGCUGUAUCAACACUGGACUCCAGCAAGUUGAAGAGAACAGGAAGGCUGUAACUAAUGAAAUAAAGAAGUCCAUCUGUAACUUGAUUAUGGAGAUCAACAGGAAAGGAAAGAUUCUGGUUAACCAUCUUGAGGCUCUGACUAAGGACCAUGAAUUGAAUUUGAAAAAGCAGCAGGAGGACAUCAGCUCUCUGAGCAGGCACCUAGACCAUGUUAUCAGCUUUACCAAAUGGGCCACAGCCAGCCAUAGUGGAACAGCUCUCCUAUACUGCAAGAGACUGAUCCUUUUUCAGAUCCAUUACCUGAUGAGAGCAAACUGUAAUCCUUCCAUUGUCCCUCAGAGUUCUGUUCGCUUCCAGAGUCGCUCUGGAUUCUGGGCAACAAAUGUAGAACUUGGUUCUUUGGUAGUAGAAAGAGGCCCCUCACGGCCACCCAUCCCCAACCCCAACCCCAAUCCCAAUGCAGCUUCCACUGGAGGUCUGCCAGUGUCAGCCCAGCAGGGACAGAGCACACUGGCUCAGCUGCAGAUGCAGGUUGACAAGCUUUUCCAACAGCCCCACAGACAGGCCCCUCCCUACCACUGUUCCUGGUACCAAAAUGUUAAGCUCCCAGGACCCCCUGGCCCUCCACCUCCAACCAGGCCCAUCCAUGGAGGUUCCUCCCCUUCCCAGGGUCCCCCCAGUUUGUCACAGCCAGGCCGUAGGUAUGGGAGCUCCCAUCCAAACCCCAGAAGCCCCACAUCAUCCAUGCUUCACAGCACAGGAUUCCCAGCUACUCAGAGUGGGCUGAAUCAGUCCCUGAGAGAUCUGAUCCAAAGCUCCAGCUUCGUUCCUAAACCCAUGGAUGUGUUGCAGGGUACUUCCCGCUUCCCACAACCUCUGUCUGCUGGAGCAGCUGCACAGACAUCACUACACCAGCGGGGUUUACAAGAGUCGUCCUUCUUGAAGAGGAGUGAAGCCUCUGGAUCGGUCCCCGCUAUUACCAUCUCUGUCCCCAAACCCAGCUACCCUCCAGGUCUAGCCUCUGCAGCUGCAGACAAAACAAGCAGCCUCAGUCACCAAACAGUUCAAGGAAGGCGGAAUUCUCCGAUGACCAAACCAUCUUCUUCAGACAGAAGCACAGGGACAACUUCCUGGAAGCAGAGUUCUCAGCCGCCAGCUGCCUCCUCAGCCAAACGACGAAGAAGGUCCUCCCCAGGGCCCAUUAUCAUCAUCAAGGAUGAACCAGAGGAUGAGGAUGAUGUUCAUUUUGUGCAGUCAAGUGUCGGAUCCAGCCUGCCAGACAGUAGCACUGGGACUCAGGCCAAGCCCCGACAGCAGCAGAAGGUGUCUGUCACAGUCACAGUCCCAGUCCCUGCAUCAGAGUCCAAAGCUGGGAAAGAGCAGCGUCCUCAGCCUGCAGCACAACCGGAGUGUGAAACGAGGGCGGAGCCGGAGGAAGAUCCUAAUGAGGACUGGUGCGCGGUCUGUCAGAAUGGAGGAGAGCUGCUCUGUUGCGACAAAUGUCCCAAAGUUUUUCAUCUGUCCUGCCACAUCCCUACACUCAACGAGUCCCCUGGUGGCGAGUGGUUUUGUUCAUUCUGCCGAGACCCUGUCUCUCCUGAGAUGGAGUACGAUUGUGACAGCAAGAAUGACCCUGUCUCCGAAAAGUUCCCACCUGCAGAUAGAAGGAGGUGUGAGAGGCUGCUACUGCGACUAUUCUGUAAUGACUUCAGUACCGACUUUCAACAGACUGCUUCUCCAUCAGAGACAAAAAGGUACAAAGAACUGAUCAAGACUCCAAUGGAUCUAUCAAUAGUGAAGAAGAAACUGGAGUCCAGGUCAAAGGAUGGAGAAGGUUAUGUUAGUCCUGAGGGGUUCGUCUCAGAUGUCAGGCUCAUAUUUUUCAACUGUGCGAAGUACUACAAGGCAACCUCAGAGAUUGGGAGUUCAGGCUUGUACCUGGAGGACUACUUUGAGGAACAACUGAAGCUGGUCUUCCCAGAUAGGGUCUUCCCCGGAGGGAGAGAAGAACAGAUGAUCCCUCCCCUAGAGGACGAGAUAGAUGAAGAAGAGGACGAGAUGAUGGAGGAAGGUAUGGCUCCCACUGAGGACAAACAACCACUAAGUCCUGCAGGAAAAGCAAACCCCCCUGUAGAGGAGGAUUUGGCUCCUCUGGAAGAAGCAACAGCCCCAACGGAGGAAGAAAAUUCAGAAAAAGAGGAGAGGGGGAUUGAUAUGAGCAAAAGGGAGAUGGACCAAGUCAUAGCAGCCGGAGAGGUAGACAAACUUCCUACCGAAGAGGUAAAGCAAAGUGAGAAAGCUCCUGUGAAUGGGAUGAAAAGCUCCCCUGCUGCUGACAGUGAAACAAAAGACAGAGUAGCACCCAUCUCCCAAAGAGAGGAGAACCCUCAACUUCCUACAGACAAGACUGCAAAUCCAGCUGAAGCCCAGGGGGAGGGGUUGGCGCCUGCAGACACAGCCAGACAGGAAGAGGGAUAGGUGGAUCGCAACAGAGAGAAACUGUAGAAAAAAUGGAUGAUGUUAGUCUUCCACAGAAUUGGCCUCGCUGGGGGGACCUACAUUUGCUGCAGUCUGACAGUUUGGUACUGUUAUAUUUACAAUAGGAAAAAUGGAACUGCUAUAAUAGACUUAUUGAAUUGGGGUUUUGAUGUUGAUGCACAUAGAAGGGAGCAGAAGGGAGUUUUUGUGUGUUUUUGCUACACAGAGAUUAUAGUAUUACUGUAACAUAAAAGGUCCUGUUCGGCGAUGAGAAGCACACAAAAUAUGUUCUUUGUUCAUGUGCAAGUUAUCAGCUACCUUGCAUAUCACAUGUACAUAGCUAUGUCAUGAAGGCUGCAGUCAAAAGGACAAAAGGAAUUUGGAUUAGUAAUGCAUGCAAGAUGUCAUAAUAUAAAUAAUAAUGCCUCCAGUUCUCUGUUGAUAGACAGCUCGCUUGUGUUUGACGCAAACUGUUUUACUGCAGUUUUAUGUUAUAGGAAUGGUAGUUUAAUGCCAUGUAGCUAUUGGAUAUGUACACUAAGUACUGUAGUUUCUGUACAGAGGACAGCGUCACAUUCAUCAGUGCUACAGUGUCUCCCUUGAAAAACCUGGCAUUUUGAAAACGGAACUGUUUUGUUGAGAACAAAAAUGACUCACCAUUGUGGACUAAUUUUCUGUGUUGCUGGUUUGAGGCGUCUUUGCCUCCAUAUGCCAGCAGUCUCUUAUCAUACAGAAGCCUAGUUGUUUUUAAAGAAGAGAACAUUUCUUCCUGUAUUGUGUUCAUAGCAAUGUUAUCAGAGAUAAUUCAUUGACAUGAUUAUUACUUUAGCACCAUCAGCCUCUGGCAAAAGUAUAUUUUCCAAAUUGUCCUGGCUCUUCUGUCAAAAACGGACAAACACUAAUAUUCCACACUGAUUUUUAUUUUCCCCCAUUAGUCACUUUAUUACUAAAUGGGGGAUAAACAGGACCUGUGAAUGAAGUCUGCAACCCAUGUAUUUGGAAUAAACGGCUAC